AUGUAUGAGUCGCAGGUUACUUUUACGCUGGACACUAUAUGUCCUUGGACAUACAUGGCCAAGAAAAGAUUAGACCAAGCACUCGCAAAAUUCCGCUCCUCCCCCAUGGCCUCCUCCAUCUCCUACACCCUCCACUUCGCCCCCUACCAGCUCAACCCAAACUUCCCUCCCGAAGCAGACCGCCUGCAGUGGUACCUCGACAACAAGCACUUCGGCGACGCCACCACCCAGCAGGUCUUCCAGGCGCACAUGACCAACAUCGCCGAGCCCCUCGGCAUCGCCCUGCGCUUCGACGGAUACAUGGGGAACACCCUGCACGCGCACCGCGUAGUGCAGUAUUUCCAGUCUUCCAAGGGCCCUGAAACGGCGAACAAGCUUAUUGAUGCGUUGUAUGAGCGGUAUUUUGAGAAGGGGGAGCAUCCUUCUAGGGAUGAGGUGUUGAUAGGGGCGUGUGUGGAGGCGGGGAUUAGUGAGGAGGAGGCGAAGAAGGUUGUGGGUGAUAAGGAGAUUGGGUUGGCAGAGGUUAAGGCGAAGUUGAGGGAGGUGAGUCGGGAUGUUGAUGCGGUGCCGGUUGUGAUGGUGGAGGGGAGGAGGAGGGAUAUUACGCUGACGGGGGCGAAGGAGGUGGAAGAGUAUGUGAAGACGCUGGAGAAGAUUGCUAACGAGAGUACCUGA